GGCGGUGUUGUGGCGGGGUGAGCUGGCAGAGGCGUGUGCGAGUCUCCUUGGCGCUGUCCCCGGCCGUGGCCUAGCAGCCUUGAGCCGCGAUGGGUGGCGGUGGGAGCAGCGCUCGGCGCGUCACCUUCGAGGCGGAUGAGAACGAGAACAUCACGGUGGUGAAGGGCGUGCGGCUGUCUGAGAGUGUAAUUGAUCGUAUGAAGGAGCCUUCUUCAUCCACUGCAAGGCCACAGUUUCAGCAACGAUCAGCCUCUGGUGAUCAUGGCUUGCUUGGAGGUGAUGCAGUUAAUGAAGAAGAACUAAAGAAAAGAGUAACUGAAGAAUUGGCAUUGGAACAAGCCAGGAGAGAGACUGAAGCUCAAAAAAGAUGAAACAGAAAUCAAAAGUAAUACGUGGAUGAAAUUGCGCACAAGUUCUGGAGCGGGAGCGGGCUGCUUCAAAUGAGCAUAUGACUAGACAGCCCAUUCUUAGAGAGAGAGCUGCGACAGAAAGAGAAAAAAAAACGCCUGGAAAAGACACCAAA